AUGAGAGUGCUGGUGAUCCUAGGCUACACCAGGUCAUCAAUUUCGACUCCGCCAAACCCAAACCCCAAUGGCAACCACCGCUCCACCAAACCCUACAAACCCCCAAUCCCCAAGCUCCUCUCCCCCUCCAAAUCAUCCUCCUCCUCCUCCGCCCCUCCAAUAAUCUCCACCCGCCCGCCGCCUCUCUUCGCCGGCACACGCUGGGACCCCCACCACACGCACCUCUCCUACUUCGCCGACCUCGCCUCCAAGCUCGCCCGCGACGGCAAGCUCCACGACUUCUCCAUGCUCCUCGAGAGCGUCGUCCUCUCCGGCGUCAAGCCCUCGCAGUUCACGGCGGCGCUCCAGCUCGACAUGGUCUCCAGGGGCAUUUCCGGUAUUUUGAAGGACGGCAAGGUCGGGGGGCUCGUCGAGGUGUUGGUGAAAGUCGCGGAGCUCGGGGUUCGGCCGGUGGAGCUGUUUGAUGGCUACGCUAUGGAGUUGCUCGGAGCACAUUGUCUCCGGCUUUUGAAAUUCAAGCAAGUUCAGGAGCUUGUUGAGCUCAUGGAGGUUCUUUAUGGUUUGCACUUCCCAAUCAGAGAAUUGGUGGACCCGUCUGAAGUCAUCAAAGCAUGUGUUGAGAAACGUAGGCCGAAAUUGGCCAUAAGGUAUGCUUGUAUCUUUCCACACUCGCAUAUGUUAUUCUGUAACAUUAUGUAUGAGUUUGGAAAGAAGAGGGCAUUGGCAUCUGCUUUGACAGCAUAUGAAGCAUCCAAGGAAAAAUUGAGUGGUUCUAACAUGUACAUCUACCGCACAAUAAUUGACGUCUGCGGUGUCUGUAAAGAUUACAUGAAAUCUAGGUACAUUUAUGAGGACUUGCUCAAACAGAAGGUCAUUCCAAAUAUUUAUGUUUUCAACAGUCUGAUGAAUGUAAACUCACAUGAUCUGAGCUACACAUUUCAUGUAUACAAGAGUAUGCAGAAUCUUGGUGUUACAGCAGAUUUGGCAUGUUACAAUAUUCUUUUGAAGGCAUGCAGCCUUGCUGGAAGAGUUGAUCUCGCACAAGAUAUCUACAAGGAAGUACAGCAUUUGGAAUCAACAGGAGUGUUGAAAUUGGAUGUUUUCACUUACAGCACUGUUGUAAAGGUCUUUUCAGAUGCAAAAAUGUGGCACAUGGCUUUAAAUGUCAAAGAAGAUAUGCAAUCAGCAGGUGUUAUACCAAAUACAGUUACAUGGUCAUCAUUCAUCAGUGCCUGUGCAAAUGCGGGUCUUGUUGAUAAGGCAAUCCAAUUGUUCGAAGAGAUGCUCUUGGCCAGCUGUGAGCCUAAUUCACAGUGUUUUAACAUCCUUCUACAUGCUUGUGUGGAGGCUUGCCAAUAUGACAGGGCUUUUCGCCUUUUCCAUUCUUUUAAGAGUAAUAAACUCCAGGAGACUUUUGGCAAAAAUUACAAAGGUAGUGCAGGUAGCAGUUCAACAACCAUACCUCUAAUCAUACUUCCAUCUAACUUUGCUGAAGGGCUUUCUUUUAAACCCACAACUACGACAUACAAUACUUUGAUGAAGGCCUGUGGGUCUGACUACUACCAUGCAAAAGCACUGAUGGAUGAGAUGAAAACAGUAGGUCUUUUGCCUAAUCAAAUAACGUGGUCGAUUUUGGCUGAUAUCUGUGGAAGCUCAGGGAAUGUUCAGGGUGCCUUGCAGAUCUUGAAAAGUAUGCGUGUAGCCGGUAUCCAACCUGAUGUUGUUGCCUAUACAACAGCCAUCAAGAUUUGCGUAGAAAGUGAAAAUUUGGACUUGGCAUUGUUGCUGUUUGCAGAAAUGAAAAAAUAUCAGAUACACCCAAAUUUGGUGACAUAUAAUACACUUUUAAGGGCUCGUAGCAGAUAUGGUUCUGUAAGUGAAGUACAACAAUGCCUGGCUAUAUAUCAGGACAUGCGGAAAGCAGGUUACAAGCCCAAUGAUUACUACCUUGAGCAACUAAUUGAGGAAUGGUGUGAAGGAGUUAUACAAGACAGCUGCCCAAAACAAGGCGAGUUCAGUUACGGGGACAAAGCUGACAUAGGGAGACCGGGGAGUCUGCUUCUUGAAAAAGUUGCAGAACACUUGCAACAGCAUAUUGCUGACACUUUAGCAGUUGACCUUCAAGGACUUACAAAGGUUGAAGCUCGGAUCGUUGUUCUUGCGGUUCUGCGAAUGAUCAAAGAGAACUAUAUCUUAGGAGAUUCAGUAAAAGAUGACAUGUUGAUAAUGGUAGGAGUCCAUGAUGAGGUUGAUGGAGGCUCAACAGCUCACAAUUUAGAGGUCAAAGAUGCAAUAACCAAGCUUCUGCAGGAUGAAUUGGGGCUCAAGGUUCUUUCAACAGUACCUAAAGUUGCACUUGAUACUACAAUAGUAUCCCAGAACACUAUAGAUUCAGAUCAAAAUUUGGACGAAAAGCCAUUGAGGAAGGAAUUACAGCCAGAGUUGAUUUAUUCCACCAGAAGACCUGUGGUUCUGGAAAGGCUAAAGGUAUCCAGGAAAUCAUUGCAACAAUGGCUGCGAAAAAGAAGUUCCCUUAGGAGGUGAUUGAUUCAGACGUAAGAAAGCAGAAAAAUUUGUAUAUGCUAUUCAAAUAACAGUAGAUAUUCAUCCAAAAAAAGAAAGAAAGAAAAAGAGAGAAUAAUAAUUACCUAUCCUCAUUUUAUUUAU